UGUAACUUGGCGACAUGGGCGCUGGCGAACAUUUCGGCGCCGUCGAUUAUGGCAUGCUGGCAGUCACGGUCCUGGCUUCUGUGGCCAUCGGAGUUUAUCACGGCAUCAAAGGCAACAAAACAGCUAUUGAUUUCUCCAUGGGGAGCCGCUCCAUGACGCCAUUCCCAGUUUCCCUGUCUCUACUUGCAACGUUCCUCUCAGCUAAUGCAAUUCUCGGUUACUCAGGAGAAGUGUACGCCCAUGGCAGCGUGCUCGCUUGGUCGAUACUUGGCACGGCUUUGGCCAUCGUCUUCGCUGGAGAGGUCGUUUUGCCGGUCCUGCAUCCACUGAAACUCGUCAGCCCGAAUCAGUAUCUGGAGGUGCGGUUUGGCUCGGCAUGGCUACGGCGGUUGUCUAUGACCAUGUCUGUGGUGAGCAUCACGAUGUUCAUGGGCCUCGCUCUGUACGCCCCCACGCUGGCCCUAGCCGCUGUCACUCCCCUCACGUCCACCACCUUCAUCUGGAUAAUGGGGGUUGUGGUAACCAUCUACUCCUCGUUCGGCGGCCUAAAGGCUGUAGUGUGGGCGGACGCGUUCCAGAUGGUGCUGAUGACUGCAGGGGUGUUGCUGGUGACGGUCAUGUCUUGCGUAGAGGUGGGCGGUGUCCAAAAAGUCUGGCAGGUCGCCUACCAAGGAGGAAGAACUGAAGGACUCGACAUGAGCGCGGACCCGAGGGUUCGCCACACAGUCUGGAACGUAAUCCUGAUGACGCUGGUGUACUGGGGCAGUCACUACAGUGUCGCGCAAGCCACCUACCAGCGCGUCAGCUCAGUAGCCACACUGUCACAGGCCAAAAGAGUGUUGUACUAUAAUGUGGUUGGCAUGACUCUUUUCAUGCUUCUGGUGUUCUUCAUGGGCCUCGGCGUCUACGCGGUCUAUGCAGAUUGCGACCCUUUUGCUCGGGGCUUCAUCUUCAGCAAGGAUCAAAUUUCAGUUUAUUUCGUGAACGACAAAUUGAAGAACCUUUCUGGUGUUCCGGGCGUCUUUGUGGCUGCUCUUCUCAGCGCUGCUCUGAGCUCACUGUCAUCGGGAAUACAUACCAUGGCGACUUUGCUGUGGGGUGACGUAUUUUCGCUCACUGCGUGCUUCAGGGAUUGCUCUGACUUUGUGGCGGCCACUGCAAACAAAGUUCUUACGGUGUUAUUGGGAGCCACUAUCAUCGGCUUGGCUUUUAUGGCCUCGGAGCUGGGUGGGCUGAUCCAGGCUGGUUACACGGUGGUGGGAGUGAUGGCUGGUCCCAUCCUGGGCGUCUACUUGCUUGGCUUGGUGGUGCCGUUUUGCAACAAGCGGGGUGCCUUUGCUGGUCUCUUGUCCAGCUACAUUCUGUGCGUCUGGAUCGCAGUGGGAGGCUUCCUGACUAACACUACCAAGCCAGAGAUGUUGCCAUUCUCCACAGCGGGCUGUCCCGCUAACUCGACCGUCAUCACCUUCAUAUCCCUCGCUGAUGCCAGCAAAACUGCCAUAAAUAUGCCAGGGUCCGCGUUUUCGAUUCUAUAUUCGAUAUCCUACACCUUCUAUCCCUUCAUCGGCCUGGCGACAUGCCUGAUCGUGGGUAUUCUCGUCUCUAUCAUUACAAGUUACCAAGACCCCCGUACGGUCCCUAGCGAGCUCGUACUCUUCUGCGUGCGACGUUUCACGAAGAAAGAAAGCGAUGUCGACAACGGUGUUUCUUGCAUACGAAUUGAGUCCCUAAAAAAUAAUAUAAAUUAUAGCAAAGAAGAUGGCAUGGCCACAACAAGAAAUAAUAAAAAAUUAGUUAUUAUUUCUGAUCGACUUUGAAAAUAGGUAUGCCUACAUUUUUUCAUAAUUCGCUAAAUUGCCUUGGCACUUUUUCAAUGCACUGCCAGUUUAUAAUGUCCCAAUAAGGAUUAAAUGUACUUCAAAGCAUUUUUAUAGUACAUCAUUUUCUCAACAUUGCACACAUUAUAUAUAUUGUACAUCAUUUUCUCAACGCACUGCCAGUUUUUAGAGUCCCAGUAAGAAGGAUUCGACGUAAUUCAGAGCAUUUUUAUAGAAGUACCAUAAUCUUAGACUCGAUUUCACGGAUGAAUCUUGUUCAUAUUGUACUGCUGAUUACUUAAGUGUUUAAAUUAUGUAUGAACCCAGAUUUGUAAUCUUAUUUAUUUCUUUUG